CCCACUCCGACCAUUUUGAGCCUGGUUGAGGAUGGUAGCACUCUCGUGUGGGCGGCGCCCUGGUGAUGGGGAUGUUGCUUCGGAGGGGGAAUGUAACGAGCUGCCUCCUCCCUUAUUGUCAUCGGCACCCCGUCCUAAAUCGCCGCCCUUCAACAGGCUCCGACAGGAGUGGGUGUGUGAGAGAGGAGGGUCGCCAGAUUCCCUGUUGUUUUGGACACUCUCCCCCUUUGGCCACUUUUAUCCCCUAUUUUAUGAUUUUCUGUUAAUAAAAAGCCUCUCUGAGGCCUGACACCAUGCCCACUGUGUCUGUCAUGUGCUCCUCCUGCCACAGGGGAAAUUGUGGUGGAAAAAUUCAUUUAUAUUGCUUCUGUAUGCUCAUAUAUGCAUGUGUUUUCUUAGAACUGCUGUAUAGGCACCGUGAGAUGGGUUUAUAGCCUAAGAGUAAUGGCAACCAGGUGGUUCAGGGAUACAUGUGGGCUCAGAAAGGCGACACCUGGGGGAGGGAACAGAUGUCCGAGAAUGACAUGAGAGGGUCACUGGGCCAUAUAGUGGGGGGACAAUGCCUGAGGAUGACCUGAGGGCGUCACCUAAGUCCUAAAUGUGUGAGAAACAACCCACAGAGAGUGUGUUUUCUGACUUUUAUGUUGUCCAUGGAAAAGUACUGCUGUUGAGAGUUUAUAACCUUGACUGACUGAAGCAGGGUAUAUAAGGUGGAGGACUGCCCUCCCCUGUCAUCGCACUCUGCAGGAAACUUGUUUUGCUGUAGACUGUCUGACCUUCUUUGCAACGAAUAAAGCUUUCUUUUUAAUUAUAACUGAGUGUGAGCCUGUCUCUUAUGCUGAUGAGAGUUGAUUUAAUUUUACCACAACAAAGCUGACAGGAUUCAGAGUAAUUGUGAACAGCAAAGAUGCAUCAGCCUCUCUCUUUCAGUUCCACAUCCAGAGUUGGUCUCUCUUGUUCUAGGUCCCGGACUCUUGGCACAGGUUGUGCUGAAUCAUGGGAUAUGGAACAAAGCGUGGCUGGGCGAAAACUGACAACUAAUGAAAUAACUUUGUGGGGUAUCAAAAGAAAGGGAGGGUAGGAUGGCCAGGGUGAGGAUGUUUGGCUGGUGGUACUUCAGCCCUCCCAGUGCCAGCUGAUCAGCCUAUUAGGACCUGACCAUGAGCGUGUUCUGGACAGAGACAUGUUUUGGCAGUGUUUCCGCCCCUAAGCCUGUGGUAUAUAUUAAGCUACUGAUGCCACUCCACAGUGACUGGCACAUCCCAGAGCUGCUCAUCACUCCCAUCCUGGUUCACUAUGGCAACUGAUCACCAGAACCCUGCAACCAAGCAAAAACAACCAGUUGCCAGUAACUUCAAGUUGGUCAUCUACGAACAGGAAAACUUCCAAGGCCGCUGUCAUGAGCUGACUGAGCCCUGUAACAACAUCCAGGAGGCGGACGUGGCGAAAGUGGGCUCAAUACUGGUGCUGUGUGGACCGUGGGUGGGAUAUGAGCAGCCCGGCUGUAAGGGGGAACAGUAUGUGUUUGAGAAGGGUGAGUAUCCUCGCUGGGACGCUUGGACCAACAGCAGACGCAGUGACUGCAUCGUCGCCUUCCGCCCCAUCAAAGUGGACAGCCAGGAACACAAGAUCGUACUCUAUGAGAACCCAAGCUUCGCUGGGAAGAAGAUUGAGAUCAUAGAUGAUGAUGUUCCCAGCUUCCACGCUCAUGGAUACCAUGAGAAAGUCUCUUCAGUUCGUGUGCAGAGUGGCACCUGGGUGGGCUAUCAGUACCCAGGAUACAGAGGCUACCAGUACUUGUUUGAGAAAGGAGAAUUUAAGGAGUGUUCUGAGUUCGGGGCCGUGCUGCCUCAGAUCCAGUCCGUGAGGCGCAUCCGUGACAUGCAGUAUCACCCAAGAGGAGCCUUCCAACUCUCCACCUAAGUUCCCAGCACUUCUCCUCAAAGCCUAAAGCUUUCCUUACGCUUUACCUCUGAAUGCUUUAAAUCUUUAACUCUUUCAGUUGUGUCAGUGAUUCCAUUUGCUACUGCUGAGAAAUAAAUAAGUGACUCUGCGUUA